GUAUUACUGAUAGUCUUUUGCCACAAGCCUUGUGAUAGCACAUACUACUAUUUCCUUUCCUUUUUUUUUUUUCAUAUCAACGUCGAAGAGCAUUUACCCCCAGAUUUUAGACCAACCGAAGACCCGUUUGGACCGACAAGUAUACUCGCAUACGUGUUCAUUUCUGGACUGUUUAGUUAUAAUGGCGCCGUCCAUUGCCCUUGACAACACGCCCGAUUUUCCAUUUGGCCAGUACACACCAGGGAAAUCUCUCCUACUUUCUCCGCCGUCAUUAUCUUCGCAGCCAGAUAAGCUCAAUGCAGCCCUUCUUUCUUGUGGCCGAAACGCGACCGAUCUGCAAAUGCUCGAUCGCCUGGCACUUGGCUUUGUGUCUUUACCGGAUUUGACUUACGAUAGUAUCAUUAUCUUGGCUGAUUCCGACGACACAUUCACCGAAAGCCUAAAGAUUCUUGGACGCGAACUAUUUGCAAAGAUUGUUAAAUCACUAAAACCAGGAGGGUAUCUACGCAGCCAAGGGGGAGCGCAUGGAUCGUUCGACAGUCUUUACCAAUCUGAAGCAAUAUUGGCUGGGUUGGUAAGCGAUAGUGAGAGGGGUUUUCAGAAGCCGAGUUCCGGACAACAGCAGGCCAUACCGCUGCAACUUGGAAGGAAGAAAAAAGACCGCGGAAAAUUGACAAAUGGUUUUAAGGCCACUCAACAAUCAAAAAAUGAUACCACAAUUGAGGCAAACAAGUUCGACCAACCGGCUGGCGUUGGAUUUAUUGAUUUCAGUGAUGAUUUGAACCCGGAAUCUGUUCAAGAUAACAAUUCGCGCUCAGACGACGAGUUUAUUGAUGAAGAUACUCUGCUUGGUGAUGAUGAUCUUGGCCGUCCCAUCGUGCAGCCACCUGAAUGUCGUCCCAAGGCCGGGAAGCGUCGGCGAGCCUGCAAAGACUGUACAUGCGGCCUCGCACGGAAAAUUGAAGAUGAAGAUGCUGGAAAGAGGGCCAAUGCUGACAAGGCACUAGACUCCAUGAAAUUGGAUGGGGAUGAAUUAGCCGAAGUUGACUUCACUGUGCAGGGUAAAUUGGGAAGCUGUGGAAGCUGUGCACUAGGAGACGCAUUUCGCUGUGACGGGUGUCCUUAUAUCGGCCUCCCCGCCUUCAAGCCGGGCGAGGAAGUCAGGCUAUUAAAUAAUGAUGUCCAGCUCUAAUUCAUUUAUGAGUAGUUUCGGGCUGCAGCAAAGGCCAUUGAGCUUGUGUGUUCUCCCACGCCUUGAGAUUUGGGCAUCUUGAGUAGAUUUUGACUACUCAUUUCCAAUCCUUUUCUUGCACUUGGUUCUACGAAGUAAAGCUUGACGUUCCGGGUUUCAUUCUAGUGCAAAUCCGCGCGCGAUCUUGUCCUCUUUGUAAAACCAUCUGAAUCUUGCGUAACGUAAGGCUUUUCUGGACGUAACAAGGAGAU